UUGAGCAACAAUCUAAGCAAAAUAGUACAUAUUACAGGUAUACAAGACUCAUGGGAACUGUCCUUGACACCUAAAGGGACAACAAACCUCUAAACUUGGAUUUCCAUCUAGGUUAUCCAGAAAUUAACGGAUUUUUAUCAGAAGAAGACGAAGAAACCAAUAAUGACCUUACCCUCCAGGAUGCCCAUCAUGACGGGGGUUGGAGUUAUUCCACUCAGUGGUGCUGUGGAGGCCACAAUUAGGCUUAAGAGCCUAUUUUUAGGUCCUUUCUAUCCUACAGUAUCAGAGUUGAACCUCUUCCCUAGAGUUCGAAUAUCUCUGUCAGCUUCCAAAUUAAAGAAAGUUUUGGAUUAGGUUUAUUCAUAGAAGUGUGCAUCCUGACACAAAAUUUCUAUAAUUUCGGAUAAAGGAAUUCAUCUUCAAAUUGGUUUAGAAGCUUACGCCUCCCAGCUUUGGUUUAUCAUGCUUAGUAGAUGGAUCAUCCUUGGUUUAGAGAAGUGUGCAAUCUUCUAACCUACCACUCUUCACUUCUGAUGAGGGCCAAAUCAUGCAGCAGAGGGAAGCAGAAGGGUAA